GUGCUCUCGGACGUUACCGAGGUAAUUAUAGCGUGAUUUGCACAGUACACGACAAGGCCCAUAAACUGUCUUUGAGCGGCGGCGGCAAUCUUCAACCACGGCACAGCUGAAAGCUUCAGCCAGCCGUUCAGCAUCUUGAGAGUCGGCAGCAUCCACCCAACGUACCCAUCUUUAGAUACGUGUGACUUUACUAAAAGCUUCAUCACGUCGGGCGCGUAUAAGCUGCCGAGGAGCGUUGACUUGGCUUGGCUUCGGUCGUCAUUUGUGAGAUUCGAACUGGCAACGAUACCUAAACCCCGGAUUUACGGACACGCCUCUCGAGUCAGUCUGAACGUCCAUUCCUAGAUCUCCGUAAACUAAUAUUUCCGACCUGGACUCAUAUUGUCCUGCGGUCAGCAAAACGGCUCCUUCUCGGCCAACAAGGGGGACGACAUGGACGAGAGCGGAGCCGGACCCGGCAACGGCAACGGAAACGGAGGGCCGCACGUCAAGCGGACCCGCAUCCUCCUCUCCUGCUCCGUAUGCCGCAACUCCAAGCUGAAAUGCGACCGUGCCCAGCCCUGCGGCCAGUGUCUCAAGAAGUGCAAACCUUCGGCGUGCGAGUACGCUCCAAAGCCUGAGAAGCACAAGAAGCAGGCCAAGGGCAUGGCAGCGAGGCUAAAGCGACUCGAGGGCAUGGUCAAGGGCAUGAUUGACAGCGAGAGCUUGACGCGACCAGCCGAUGCGCCGGAUGAGCCCACGGCGGCCGGGGGUCAGGUCAUCAGGGGCGAUCGGGCGACUAGUUAUGUUGGCGGGACGCAUUUUAUGGCUAUAUUAGAAGAUAUUGAUGAGCUGAAGAGCUAUUUUGAGGUGCCCGAGGACGAGGAGACUGAGGACCUGGAUGCUUAUGAGGAGGCUGCAGGAUCGCCGGAACUGCUUCUGUUCUCUAGGAGUGCACCUCGUAAUAGGGAUGAAUUAUUGGCCCUAUUGCCGGAGAAGAGCGUGAUUGAUCGGUUGAUGAUGCGCUAUUUCAACUCCAACAGUCCUUCACAGCAUAUCCUCCACAAGCCCACCUUCUCCAAAGAGUACCAACAAUUCUGGCAAGAUCCGUCCAAGACGUCGUAUCACUGGCUUGCCUGUCUCUUCAUGGUCAUAAGCCUCGGCGUCUUCUUUUCCUCCUUCCAAGCUCCCCACGAGCUCGACGCCGACUCCUCCUCCUCCUCACCCACCGGUGCGGGCACGGCUCCGUCGGCCAUGGACCGUUUCCGACAGUACCGCAACGCCGGGGGCACCGCCCUCGUCUGGGGCAAGUACUCCCGCCCGAACAACAUGACCCUGCAAGCCUUCCUCCUCUACGUCGAAGGCGACUUUAUGGUAAACCGCGAUACCCAAAUGAACUGCUACCUCCUCUCCUCGGUUCUUAUCCGUCUCAUGCUCAAAAUGGGCCUCCACCGCGACCCUUCCAAACUUCCCAACAUCUCGCCCUACGAUGGGGAAAUGCGGCGUCGCUACUGGAACCUUGCCAUCCAGAUCGAUCUGCUGGUCUCUUUUCAUCUAGGCUUACCGAGCAUGAUCCAUGGCAUCGAAAGCGAUACCCUGCUCCCCCGUAAUUUGAUCGACGAGGAUUUUGAUGAGGAGAGUAGGAAGUUGCCACUUGCGAGGCCGGCGGCCGAUUAUACGCCGUUGACGUACCCGAUUAAUAAGGCAGCACUGUGUAGGGUAUUCGGGCUCGUGGCGAGGCAGGCGCAUGCGCUUACCGUGCCAGGCUAUGCGGAGGUGAUGAGGGUGGAUGGGGUUCUUGAGUGUACGUGGAGCCAGGUGCCGGGGUUUAUGAAGGUUAAGCCGAUGGAGGAGAGUGUGAUGGAUCCGCCUCUGCAAGUCGUCCAACGGUUCGGCCUCGCGUCUAUUUACCAGAAGUCCCGGUGUGUGCUGCACCGCCGAUACCUCACAGAGGCGAACCCCAAGAGAGAGCACGCAUAUUCGCGGAAGACGUGUCUCGAGGCUGCGCUUGCGCUGCUGGAUUAUCAGAGUAUUAUCUAUGGGGCUUGUAAGCCGGGGGCGAUGUUGAGUCAUAUGGGAUGGUUCAUGUCGUCGUUGGCUAUCAAUGACUUUUUGUUGGCGGAUAUGAUUGUGUCGCUGGUGUUACAGAGUGAAAAUUAUCCCGAGUUUGGAGGAGAUUCUGAUUUGAUGAUGCAGGUUAGUAUUCUGGGUUCUGAUUCCUAACAAAGUGUGGUUGUUGAAGGCAGGUCAGGGAGAUCGAGUGGUCAUUUUGCCAUGUACUUAGCCUGUCUGGGACAAGCAACUUCUGAGACACACUCCUAUUCUGAGAAUUCUUUCAACUGAUGUUUACCGACCCCCUUUUCUUAGGGAGCACAGGGCCCCAGCAGA